AAAUAUGUAAACAAAAUUAUUCUCUGUAUUCUUUACGUCAUAUUAUUUCCACUUAGUCGAGUGGCUUUCAAUGUUAUUUUAAAUAACAGUGAAAGCCACUCGAUAAAUAACUUUUUUAUUAUGGUAGAGAUUUUAACCAAUCAUAUUUCAGCUAGCUUGUGUUGCCAGGUAAAUUAAACUUGCUCGGAGCCUUCAGAUGAAACAGAGCAGGCCCCUGUGCGCUCUAAAUGAACGGGCACAGUCAGGUUGCAAUAGCCAAUCAGAUCACGAGUGUGCGCACCAGGGCCAGCUAGAAUGCCUUACGUCGAGACCGGACGUGCGCGUUUGGUGAUUGGAUUAGCGCCUGCUAGAGGGAGCUAUCACUGCACUUUAAUCUAAAAUGGCCGAAGAAGAAGACGUUGAUCUGGUUGCAGAACUACUUUCCACACAAUUUUCAAAACGAACCUUCCACAAAAAGCUGGAUAUUGUGAGAAAAGGUCGCCGAACUCCUGCGCUAGCUAGUCUGUCCCAGCAAGGAAAAGGGCUUGUCUGUCAUUUUCAGACGAACAAUUAUGAACGGUACCCGUGGCGCACAGCCUCUGAGAAACGCUCCAAAUUGUACUGCUGGGAAUGCCGAUUGCUUGCAACGGACCAAUUUGGUGUUUGGAGCCACACUGGAUUUACCCAUUUAAGUUGUUUUACCAAGGCAGCAAGGAAACAGAGCACGGCUGGGCACUUACAAACUACGGUGCGUUUAAAAACGUUUGGAGACACUCGCGUAGAUGUGCAGCUCAGUGAACAGGCACUACAUUGUUUUGCCCCCUCUUCAGCCCUCCACUUCUUCUUCCAGUAAUGACAGCAUUUUUAUAUCCUGGGACCCGAUUGAUGGUGCUGUCCAGUACACUGUGGCCCUGUACGAGGUUUUCUCCAACACAGCCAUGAAACACAACACCAGCAGCACUAAUGUGACACUCUCUGGACUGGAAGCUGGCUCACUCUACAUGAUCAUGGGGUAUGGCUGGGAUGCUGAAGAGCGAAAGGGAGAGGGAAGCUUGUACAUCAACCAGACAACACGACCUCCGACGCCGACUUCCGUUGAAGUCUCUGUGGUGAUGAUUGGCGACCAGUCUGUACUGUCUGUCUCAUGGGAAUUAAAUCAGCAGGUUUAUGGCAACAUAGAAUACUAUGUGAUGAGUGAUCAGAGCCUCAGUUGUAACGCCACAUCCGGCUCCUGCAUCCUCUCACCAGUGGGCUGUGGAGAGGUGCACACUAUCCAGAUUGUCCCCUCCAAUGAAGCAGGGCACGGCUACCCUUCAAGUCCUGUUGAGUUCAUCACCUUCCCUUGCCCACCAACAUCUUUAGCUUUGGUGGUGUCAGUGGAAGGAAACUGCACUCUGUCCUGGGAUAUGGAGCCCCUUGCGGAUAGCUACAUGGGCUACAUCAAGACAGGUGACGGUAGUGAAGAGACGUGCAACACUACCGGCAACAACUGCACCUUCCACUGCCAAUGUGGCUACAUGUUCCAGAUGUAUGUGUUUGCCUACAACUAUGCCGGCUCCAGUCCUCAAGGACCUCAUGUCAACCAUACCACAUUGCCCUGUUGUCCAGAGGAUGUAUCUGUCUCCCUGGUGAGCACAGAAACUCUGGAGAUCACAUGGGCGGCAUCUCGUGGAGCAGAUCUGUAUGAGACUCGAGCAGCGGAUAUUUCAGAAGUCAUCCUGUGCAAUGACACUGCACCAGUGUGCGCCCUCUCCGACCUGAGCUGUGACAGUGCCUACAGUGUGGUUGUAACACCCUGCAAUGACAUGAGUGGCUGUAAUCUUGGAUGCAAACCUCACACCAAAGACACAGCCCCCUGCAUGCCCACGUAUAUCCAGCUUGAUCCAAAAAACUCUUCCUGCGUCAGUGUAAGCUGGACAGCAAACAACCGUGCUGCCAAUUACAGUGUGAGCGCAGUGGGAGAAGAUGGCACGCGUACCUGCACUUCGAGUGGAAGUAGUUGUGACAUCACAGGUCUGCCCUGCGGAUCCAUCUAUGAGGUCACUGUCCUAGCAACAAGCGCUGCUGGACAGAGUUUAUCCAGUUACUCUGAAACACUAGAAACAGAACCCUGUUGUCCCCCCAGUCCCACUGUGCACCAAGUCACUCAGGCAAUGACCAAUGUAUCAUGGUCUCACGCGAAAGGUGCUUAUACAUUUUUGACCUCAUUGACAUCACCGCGUGGUCAUGCAAGCUGCCACACUCAGGACUUCCACUGCCUCAUGGGAUGCAUCACUUGUGGCACAAACUACACAGUCACCAUGGAGGCUUUCAGCCACAGCGGACGCAGUGUCAACUGCACAUAUCAGGGCUUCUCAUCCAGUGCAUGUUGUCCAUCAGGCGUCAGGGUGUACAAGAUGGCUGGAAACUCUUUGCGGCUGCACUGGCGCACCACUGGUAGCAACCACCGUUACAUAGCCGAAAUCAUGGGCAGCGACAACUCCUACAACUGUACUACAUCUGCGGGAGAGAGCAGCUGCGAUAUUGCAAACGUCCAAUGUGGAGACGUUUAUCAUAUAGUGGUAGCUCCAUUGACACCAGAGGACAGCAAAGUCUCAUUUUGUGCUGAAAGGGUUUAUUCAGUCACUUGCACAGGAAGUGAUGUUGGUACAGUGAUUUACAGAGGCAAAAGAAGUGUGGAUCAGUAAGGUAAGUACUCUAAAUAUAUAUUGCAAAUUAAUUUGUACGAUAUUUGUAGCAUUAACACAAACAACUGGCACAGAUUUGACAUUUAAAAUGGUGUUGUGUAAUUGCAUCUAUUUUGUAGCCACGGCCUGGUGUCAUGUCAGUAACUAUCUCACCGUAACUCCUCCUCAUCAUCAUCAUCAUCCUCAUCAUCAUCAGCAAUCAGCAUCUUCCCUCCUCGUUUGGACACAUAAUAUCCACCAAUUGUUUAGGCAUCUUAUCGUUUGUCCAUGUUUAAUUUUCGGUGUUGGUCUUUUUGAUACUUUCAUGAUGAUUGUGUAUCUGAAAAACAUUAGAUUAUGGAAUCGUAAUACAACCAAGCACCCAACACUCAUGCCCAAUCGAGGACUUAAUUUUGAUAAGCACAAGUGGCUACAGUUGACCUGCUCUUACAGUAGCUUGCAGAGAUAUAAUAUGCAUUAAGCCCUGACUGCCUGAAAUGUGAUGGCCUCAUUUGGAAAAUUGUCACUAACAGUUUAUAUUUUGAGAUGUCUUCCUUAAAAGUCAUUCCAAUUGGAAAAUAACACUUUUCUCUCGUGUAAUUGAUAUUAUCUCAUCUCCACUGCAGCCAAGUCUCCUCAAGGCUCUCGCAGGGCUCAGCCAAAUGUAUUAUUGUGAGCGUAAAAAUGAAUGUCAGGGUAGUCACGUUACAUCUCCAGAAGUUUUUGGCAAAUUUUGAUUUUUCAAGAUUUUUUUCACAGUAUUGAUUGGCUCAAGUGAAUCAACUGUAAUACAGUACAUCAUUCUUGUAGUGAAUUGCAUUACAUCAUAAUUGAAAUGAAUCUUGUUGCAACGGAUCGGAGAAGCUUCAGAAGUAUUUUGACUCUAUCUGUAUAAUUGACGGCGAUGCACAUGCGCCAAAAAGCUUGCCAUUCGAAACCUCCCAUUCAACCCUUCAUUUUCCAGGCCGAGCUGACAUUCAAAUCAACAACACUUGACGUGAGGCCAGCCAGGUGCACCACCACUCAUUUGGGGCCCUGUGAACAAAAAUAUCCCUCUGUGUGCCACCACUUCCACACUUUCGCCACAUAUUGAAAAUAUACAGUAUAUAGUAUUUUCUAGGCCCCCUUUCAGUGAGCCCAUCUCUUAAAAUCAUCAUGACUUUUCUCCACCUCACGGUACCCAUGGUUGACACGUCAAUGAUAACCACUUACUGUAACAACUGUGCUGUUCUUCUACACCGCCCUCGUGAUUUUAUACAUUUGAAAUUGAAAAAAAUUGAAUUUGGCAUUCUAUCCAUUCAGAGCCAUUUUUAUAGGAAAUCUUACAGGUAGGAAGCCUCCA